AUGCAGGUGAUAGCAUGCGCCUUGUUUACGCUGGUUGCUCUGCCUGUCAGCGCUGCGUCGGAAGAGGACUCCUGCCCUGCUGUCUGCGAGUGCUCAGAGUGGAAGACUCACACCAUCUCUUGCUUUGACAUUGAUAUUCUCCCCAGGUUUCCUGCGAGCACGGAGACACUAUGGCUUUUUGAGACCCGUCUUUCAUCCGUGCCAGCAGAUGCUUUUGCCAACAUGGUCAACAUCUCUAGGAUAUAUAUAUCGGUGGAUGUGACGCUGCAGAGGCUGGAGAGGCACUCAUUCUACAGCCUGAGGAAAAUCACCCACAUAGAGAUACGAAAUGCAAAGAGUCUGACUUACAUUGACCCAGAAGCCUUUAAGAAUCUCCCAAACCUCAAAUACCUGGGGAUUUUCAAUACUGGCCUUACUUUCUUCCCUGACUUGAGCAACAUCCACUCUAAUGACAUGAACUUCAUACUGGAAAUCGUUGAUCAUCCUUACAUGACCGAGAUCCCGGCCAACUCAUUCUGUGGCAUUACCAGUGAAGUGCUUACAGUGAUGCUGUAUGGAAACGGCUUCAGAGAAAUCCAACAUCACGCCUUUAAUGGGACCAAACUAGAUCAAGUCGACCUUCACAGGAACAACUAUUUGACCAAGAUGGAUGAAAGGGCUUUUGUGGGCACCAUCAGUGGCCCCAUGCUUCUAGACGUAUCACAGACGGGAAUCACCUCCCUGCCUACAGCAGGUAUGGAUUCUGUCCGUGAGCUGAAGGCGCGUAAUACCUGGGCCCUCAAGAAACUGCCACCCAUCAAAACCUUCAAGCACCUCACUAAUGCCAACCUUACCUACCCCAGUCACUGCUGUGGUUUCAAAAACCUCAAGAAGAAACGAGGCUUUUUGGAGUACAUCAUCUGUAACCUGACUGCUUUCUACGACCAGCAUCACAAGCGCUCUGUGGGGCCCCUUCGUAUACCUUCCCUCCAAGAGGAGAGCGAGGUGGAGACAGUCCCAGACGAGGAGCUGAACGACGGAGGCCACAGAGAAUCCCAACAAGACUGGAGGAGAGGUGACUUCCAUGGUAGCCUACACUACCACGCCUACUUUGGGGGCCAGCCAGAUGAGGAUGUGGGUUUCGGCGAGACCCUCAAGAACCCCCAGGAGGACACAAGCCAAGACUUUGACAGUCGUUAUGACUAUGUGGUGUGCGAGGAGGGAGAGGAGGUGGCGUGUGCACCAGUGCCUGAUGAGUUCAAUCCUUGUGAGGACAUAAUGGGUUUUGGAUUCCUGCGAGUGUCUGUGUGGUUUGUGAGUCUGCUGGCUGUUCUGGGAAAUGUGGUGGUACUCCUGGUGCUGCUUACCAGCCACUACAAGCUUUCUGUCUCCCGCUUCCUCAUGUGCCACCUGGCCUUUGCAGAUCUUUGCAUGGGGAUUUAUCUGCUGCUUAUUGCUUCUGUGGACCUCCACACUAGAGCCGAAUACUUUAACCAUGCCAUAGACUGGCAGACGGGCCCCGGCUGUGGACUUGCAGGGUUUUUUACGGUCUUUGCCAGUGAGCUGUCUGUGUACACCUUGACAGUGAUCACUCUCGAGAGGUGGUAUGCAAUCACUUUCGCUAUGAGGCUGGAUCGUAAGCUGCACCUGCACCAUGCAGCGGUGGUGAUGCUAGGUGGCUGGAUCUUCUGCCUCAUCCUGGCACUGCUCCCACUGGUUGGGGUAAGCAGUUACCAAAAGGUCAGCAUCUGUCUCCCAAUGGACACCCAGUCCAAAGUGGCACAGGUCUAUGUCAUCUCAGUACUGGUCCUCAACAUCCUGGCCUUUCUGGUUAUCUGUGCCUGUUACGUCAAGAUCUACUGUGCAGUGCACAACCCUCACUACCAUUCUGGAUCCAAGGAUACCAACAUUGCCAAGCGCAUGGCUGUCCUGAUUUUUACUGACUUCCUGUGCAUGGCACCAAUCUCCUUCUACGCCAUGUCAGCCGUGCUGGAUCGGCCUCUCAUCACCGUAUCCAACUCCAAAAUUUUAUUGGUGCUCUUCUACCCACUCAAUUCCUGUGCUAACCCGUUCCUUUACGCCAUCUUCACCAAGGCUUUCAGAGGGGACGUAUUCAUCCUCCUCAGUAAGGUGGGCCUAUGUCAGCAACGAGCACAACUGUUCAGAGGCCAGACAGUUUCGUCAAAAUGCAGCAGUGGGACAUCUCAGAUCCGUAAAGACAAGGAUAAGAUUAGAAAAGGAGGAGGUGCAGGCCAGGAGGAGGUACCCAUCCACCUGAAGAAAUGCUCUGGACAUACCUACCAACAGCCAGUCAGCCAGCAGACAAGCCCCGAAGAGAGCCAGAAUCUGGACACGUGA